ACAGACAGAAAGACAGACGCUGUCGAGGUCUUCGCUGCUAAUGUAAAUGAGUGCAGUGAGUAAGGGAGUGGAGGAGCGUCAGAUAUGGCUUUGGGUGUCUUCCAGACUGGCUGGAUGAGGCUUCUCUCACUUAUCCUGCAAGGCUGCUGUGUGGGUGUCCUCUGUAGUGACUGGGCUGUGCGUGUCCCCUCCACUCCCCUGUGUGCCGUGGCCGGCUCGUCUGUGGUCCUCCCCUGCUCCUACGACUACCCUCAGCCCUACAGGGUGUUGUCUGAGAUGUGGUGCCGGGACCAAAGCCGCUGCAUCACCCCCAGGUAUGUGUGCCAUAGCCAGGGUAUCUUCCCUGAGCCAGCCUCCCAGGGCAGGGUGGAGUACCUGGGGAAGGAAGGAACCAGGAACUGCACCCUGAGGAUCUCUGAUCUGAGGAAGUCUGAUAGCGGGACAUACGUAUUCUACUUUAUCACCAACCACCCAGUGGAGAAGCCUCCUGGACAGCCUGGAGUAACCCUGCUAGUGUCUGAUCAUUCCAGUGAAGUAGCAGUGUCCCUCAGUCCCUCUGGUGAUGUUGUUGAGGGCAGCUCAGUGACGUUAUUCUGCUGUAGUACUGCCCACCCUCCAGUGGAGAGCUACACCUGGUACAAGACUGGAGGCUACACGGCUGGUGAUAAGGGACAGACGAUGACCAUCACCAAUAUCAGCGCAACAGACAGUGGAAACUACUACUGUGAGGCCCUGACCACCAAUAGACCGCUCCACUCCUCAGCGUUGUCUAUUAAUGUCCAGUAUGCUCCAAAGCACACAUCAGUGUCAGUCAAUCCUUUUGGGGAGGUAGUGAUGGGCAGCUCUGUGACUCUGACCUGCAGCAGUGAUGCCAACCCUGCAGUAGAGCGUUACACCUGGCUUCAGAGGACAAAAUCCCAAGCUUCACUGAGAGGGUCAGGGCAGAGUUACAGCAUCACUAACAUCAGCUAUGAGGACAGUGGGAAGUACUGCUGUGUAGCGGUGAACAAGCAUGGAUCACAGAGCUCUACUGUUACCAUGACUGUGGGGAAAGUAAAUGUUCAGUCCCCCAUACUGUGGAGGUUGGUGACAGUGGGGAUCCCCAUCGCUCUGACACUGAUCAUCAUUAUAACAGUGGUUUGCAUUAGGAGGAAAACUCUCCCGGCAUCAAGUCAACCAGGUUACAGUCUUACAGAGACCACCAUCCAGCAGCCGUUACCAUGAUAUUACAUCAAGGAUGACCAUAACAAAUGAGACACUUACAUUAGCAGGAUCUGAAAAGGAACUGAAUGAACUCUGCGGGGAGAUGUUGUACCCAGUUUACUGCCACACAGCGGCACUGUUGUGUAGCUGUAUCCAGCCCUAAAUCCCAUUUUCUUUAAAAACAUGUACAGUAAUAUCUGUAGCAUGUACUGUACACCUCAUUUCAGCUCUCUACUGUAGAAAAUAAGACAUUUUACUGUAAUAGGCCUACUGUAAUUUAUUUCCUUUAUGAUGGAGAGUUGUUGAGUAUUGGAUGACCAAAAGUGAAAGGACAACUAGAGAUUCCAUAUAUGUAAAUAUAUAAAUUGAAUUACAAUUACAUAAAAGUUUAUCAUAACAAAUCCAUGUAAUAAUCAAGAUACUGUAUGUAUAACAUAACCAUGGCAUAUGUCACUACGCCACCCCACGUUGAGUUUUGUCCAUCACACAUUAUACACAGGUUCUUCAAGUUUGGGUUGAGUGGCAAAAUAAAGAAGUCAACAACA